ACCUACUGGUCCGAGAUUUUGGGUCAAACUGAAUAUAGCAGUAGGACUACGAAGGAAUCUCGUGUAGGAGCAGUUUUCAUUUCAUCUUCCAAAUUCCAACACAGGACCAGACAAGACUCCGCCACCUAAACACUCAAGGGUAGCAUUUUCUUUUAUUUCUCUCUCCGAGUCUGAUACCUCAAACUUUGAAGCAAUGGCUACUCCUGUUAAAAGAAGGUUAUUUUCGGAUGCAUCAUCGAUGGGUGCUGGAGGUGAUGAGGUUGUGGAAAUUGAAAGUUUAGAAAAGGGUUUAUUGUCUCCUAAUGAAGAAACAACUGAAGUUGAAGAUGACCCAGUUCUUUAUACUGCUUCGUUUCAAGAAAUGGAAGACAAAUACGUUAAGUACCAAACGGCACAAUGGGUUAUGUAUUCCUUGCUUUUAGUACUCGCUUGGGGCAUUGGUUUCUUCAUGCUUUUGUACUUGCCCGUGAGGAGAUAUAUCUCGAGGAAAGAUAUUAAAUCGCGAAAGCUUUAUCUCACUCCCAGUUCCAUAGUUUACAAAGUUACAAGACCAGUGCCAUUUCCAUGUUUCGGGGUGUUAAAGAAAGAGAAGCAUGUUUUAUUACCUUCAGUUGCCGAUGUCAUUGUUGAGCAAGGAUACCUGCAGUCUCUAUUUGGUGUCUACUCUCUGAGGAUCGAGAAUGUUGGUGUAAGAAGGCCACCAAGUGAUGAUGUUAAAAUACAAGGCAUUGCAAAUCCAAGUGCUUUCAGGAAGGCAGUCUUGGCACGACUUUCAUAUAUGAGAAGUGAGAUCGUCUCUAAACAAGUUUCCACAAUUGAAGACAUUCCUAGUUUGAGGAUUGAUCAUUCAUCAGCACUAGCUUGGACGUCCCCUUCAAAAUCACUCAAACAUGAUUCAGUUUCUAAUUCAGGGUUCCUGAUGCUACUCCAAAAGCUAGAUGAAGUUGGAAGUUCUGUGAAGAGGGUUGAAAUGUUAAUCGAGGAAAAACAUUCCAAAACAUCAGAAACCAUUAGUUGAGGAUACAAUCAUGAGAUGUAGGCAGUAUUUUGCCACUAUUCAAAUUGUGUUCCUUCCUUGAGUUGUCAUUCCAAAAGUGAUAAUCUUCACUGUCAGUAUAAAUAUUUCCAGCGAGUAAAGCAUCUUACAUUCUUCUGUAUUUACCUUUGAGACCCUUUGACCUUAGCCAUUUCUUCUUAUCCACCGGAUCGGUUUUUGUUUGUUAAUCUUAUUGUAAAAGGAGUAGCCUCCUCAUUUUUAUUCAUCCUCAGCCUUGCAGGGUUUUUUUUUUUUUCCUGCUCUUUUCAUGAUGUAGUUAUGUGUGGUGAAGUUGUAUUGUUUUUCUUUUUCUUCCUGAACCAAUUACCUAUGAUAAUCGCAAGUGAAUAAUUAUUAUCCUA